AACACUUGUAUAUAUAAAACUACAACAAUUAGUUGAAGUUAGGUUUAGACUGUAGAGCAAGCAAGAAAAAGGCCGUUUAACACUUAACUGAUUCCCUCGUUUAAGCGCCCUAUUUCUUCAACCUUUCUUUUUUCCGCAAUUAAUCUUUCUCUUAUGCUUUAUUUUCCGUCUUUGUCUUUUACUAUUCUUUAUUAUUAUUCCUAUUCUUAUCUUUUGGGUAGUCAAAUAUCAGUCCAAAACCCUCCAUGAACUAUCAACCCCCUUCUAACUGUAGCAUUUUUUAAAGUGAAGGAACAAAGAGAGAGAAGCAAAAUUUUCCAUGGAUUCCCAAGUUAUAGUGGCGCUUGCUCUUUCACUUGUGGGUGGAUUCAGUACUUCUCUAGGUGCUCUUUUUGUAAUUCUUAAUCAAGCUCCAAAUUUGAAAAUGCUUGGGCUUUUACAGGGUUUUGCUGCAGGUCUAAUGUUGAGCAUAUCAUUCCUUGAUUUGGCUCAUAAUGCUAUGAACUCCAUCGGUUUCUUGAAAGGCAACCUCUGGUUUUUUGCUGGUGUUGUCUUCUUUGCUGUGAUUGCCAAUUUUAUACCAGAACCAACACUUUCUCAGAGUUCUGAGGUGCAAAGCAAAAAGAAAAACAGUGAUGAAGGGGGCAAGGACAUGAUGAAAAAGCAUCGACGCCAGGUUUUAUUCAGUGGAGUUAUUACAGCAAUAGGCAUAAGCUUGCAUAAUUUUCCAGAGGGGAUGGCAGUUUUCCUUGGAUCCAUGAAGGGCCUUCAUGUUGGACUUAAUUUGGCUUUGGCCAUUGCUUUGCACAACAUCCCAGAGGGUGUUGCUGUUGCACUUCCUGUUUAUUUUGCUACUCAAAGUAAGUGGCAGGCAUUCAAAUUGGCAACACUUUCUGGUUUUGCUGAGCCACUUGGUGUUGUAAUUGUUGCCUACCUAUUCCCAAGCAGCUUAAGUCCUGAAAUUCUUGAGGGCUUGUUAGGAUCAGUUGGUGGGGUGAUGGCCUUCCUAACAUUACAUGAAAUGCUGCCAUUGGCAUUUGAGUAUGCGGGGCAGAAGCAAGCUGUCAAGGCCGUUUUCUUUGGAAUGGCUUUCAUGUCUGCAAGCCUAUACUUUCUUGAAUUAAGCUUACCUGUGGAGAUGAGCUUGUAGCCUCUUUCCAUGAACCAACCAACAAAAUAUUGUAAAUUCCUAUACCAUGGUGUCUGCUUUUGCAUAUGAUAUUGAUGGCUUUCUCUGAUCUUUUAGCCAAAUGUUGAGAAGACCUACUUUAGAUCUAAAGCAAAAGGACGAAGGGGCAAAAAUGUAAUGUACAAAAAAUAUCAAUUUUUUUCUUUUAACAAAAUAAAGAUUGAAAACAAAGAAAAAAAAAGGGAAAUAGUUUACAAAUUUUGUAUUUUAAUAGCUUAUUGUUCUGGUUGAACCUCAUUUAUUUCUUUACCAAAAUGCAAAAAUCAUACUUGUGAAAUCUCCCUUUUUUUUUUUUUUGGUGGAUUUUGCAUCUCCAAUUGGCUCAUCUAUUAUUUAUAGCUAG